AAAACUUUACGACGAGUUUUCAAUUCCGGACACCACAUCCAGUUAAGAAUUAUAAAAGAUUAUAAAAUUGAUUAUACAACCUCAUAAUGAAAGCAGGAUUCCAGAAUUGAUUUAGGAAGAAGGGAAUAUAAAAGAGCGGAAAAAAUAACAAAUUGUAUAAAAUACAUCAGUCAUGUGCAAUACUGCACAAUACAGUAUGUGAAAUGUUGUGUUGUCGCCUGAGUCUGCAAUUUCGAUCCGUUGGCAAAACAAGCCAGUAUAGCAAGACAAGAUAAGCGAGCAUGGUUGCAUUGUGUCUAUGGCAACACAAAAUAUCCAUCGAUCGCAGCAAACAUUCCAUGUGAAAUUUGCUUACAAACCACAUGUUUCAAGAUGGAGAACGUACUACAAGAAAAUAUUUUGUGUGUGCAAAAUGAUAAACAGGAUUUUCUAGUGUCUGCCACUGUUUAUAAAGCACGUCAUUUGCGAAAACUCAAUUGUGAUACAUUCGUUAUGGUUUCCUGUAAUGGAAAAUAUAAACGAACAAGGAUUGCAUAUCGUACGGAUAAUCCUUAUUUCAAUGAGUAUUUCAGUUUUUCAUUGCAUUGCUCUGAACGAAAACUUUGUAGGAAAGGUAUCGUGUUUUCAUUGUAUCGACCUUCGAUUUGCACGACCAUGCAUUCAUGCAUCGGAGAAUUCCAUGUAGAUCUUAACACCGUGUGGGAACAAGAGAAUCAUGCAUUUUUAAAGAAAUGGGCAAUGUUCGAACCGAUUGGAAGAGCCUCGUCGAACGAACUGCACUGUGGCUAUCUUCUGAUAGAUUUAAUGAUAACUUCCUCGAAAGCGAUGUCAUUUCCCAUUUCAUUGGAUAAUGCGUUAGACUACGACAUGAUUGAGAGAAAUAAGCUACUUCCUACGUACGAUGCAAACGACGAAGUUCUAAAAGUACGAUUUUGCUUCAGUGUUUUGAAGGGGAGUUUGUUAAUAGCGCAGAAUAUGCUGUCCGUAUUUCGUACGCAGGGUUGAAGGUACAGGCGGUCCCCGA